AUGGAUCAGAAUCUAGAGCCAAAAGUAGACCCACCGAAAAUCAAGAUCGAGGCAAAACGCCUGACGCCCAAGCAAAGCGGCAUUUACUUGAUGGGCGAGACUUCUCCACGAAGCUUUGUCGGCUACAUCAAACAUGGAGCAUGGACCGAGGAGCAGAUCCAGGAGUACAUCGAAGUUCAGAAGAGACUUGCUCCAGAUUGCGUGAAGGAGAGGGAACGAGCAUCCGAAACUGCUGCCAAGGAUGAAAACACCAAGGUCGAAGGCUCGACAGCCAAAACCGGCAAACCCUGCAACACCGUCGCUCAAGCUGACAAGGAGAGAGACAGCACAGACACUAGAGUCUCGCGUACAAAGUCACCGAGGCUGCUCGAGGUAAUCCCGGAGACCGACGAUGAAGAGUAA